AAGAAGCCCUAAACGCGACGUGUGCUUUAACUUGAAUUCUCCAUGAUCAAUCCAUGAUCAAUCGUUAACUGCUACACGGAACAAUGGUAUUGCUUGAAAACGACGCGUUUUUGACGGAGCUGACGAAGCUGUUUCAGAAAUGUCGGACCAGUGGAAGCGUUGUUAUCACCUUAAAGAAAUAUGAUGGGAGAACAAAACCUGUGCCAAGAAAAGGCCACCCAGAAACGUUUGAGCCGGCCGACACAAAAUGCCUACUCAGAGCCUCCGACGGCAAGAAGAAAAUUAGCACAGUGGUCAGUACUAAAGAAGUUAUUAAGUUCCAGAUGGCAUAUUCCAACUUAUUGAGGGCACAUAUGGAUGGAUUGAAGAAGAAAGACAAAAAAAGCAAAAGCAAGAAGACCAAAGCUACACAAUGAUGGACAGAAAGUUGAGAGAAACCGUCAUGACUCAGCCUGUCUAUGUUCCAUCUACACCACCUCUAUUGGGAUCCAUCACUCAACUGUGCCACCUACAGCAGCAUUGAAAACUGACCCGGCACUGCACUCUACAGUCUGCUAAUCCCAGGCCAAAUGUUCCUUCACCUGCUAGCUAUGACUUCAGCUUAACAUUUUAGACUCGCCUAUAUUUUCAUGUAGUAGUCAUGUCUUGGAAGGAUAGAAUUAUUGAGAUGUAAUCCAAAUGUCCUAAUAUAUCUAUCUAAUAUAUAUAUAUCUGUUUUAAGUUGGAGUUACUGAAAACAUCAGGUCCUCUCUACCCGUUCAUAAACUGUAUGUGUAACAGGGUCUUGUGCCCCUUGUUCUCUUUGUUCAUUUGAAUCCACAGGUGAAAGUGAAUGUCAUUAGUUAUAAUGUCUGGAUGGAGCAGUUUUUAAAAUUACAAGGUGCCAUAUGGGGUGCCAUUUGUGGGCUGUGACUGUAUGUGGUUAUGGCCUUUUCACUUCCAAUACUUUUAUUUUUAGGCAAGUUAUUUAAAAGGUGAGUGAAGACGGUGGAGUCUUUUUUUGUUAAAUAAUGUCCACAUAGAUGGCCAUGUCUGACAUUUUCAUUUCUAAUAUUUUUUUUUUUUUUCACCUCACUAGGGGACUGUAUUUUAGAAUGUCUUGUUCUGUUUAUAGAGUUCUGUGCCUUUACACAACACCUGUGUUAACCCCCAACACCCCAUUCAUAUGAGGCAGAAAAAAGCACCCCAGUUGAUUUUGGGGAUAUUUUUUUUUUUCUUGCAGACAAACAUGACAGCGGUUAUUGUGUUUAUUAUGUCAGUGUCGGUUUGGCAAACUGGGGGAGAAAAAAAGAGAUCUUGUAGGUUGUUAUAUUUAGGCCCAAAAUUACAUCCAGUCAAACAGACAAUAGUGUCCAUCUCCUUUUUUUUGUGUGACGUUUGCAAGAAUGGAGUAGUCCUAAUCCAGGCCCUGAAUAAGCGCCUGAAUGGCAAUCAGAUAGUUUUGGUUCAUUAAUAAAAAAAAUAGUGGGCUGACUUACAUAGAUUUGUGUUAAACAGAAUUUGUACAAUGUGGAAACAAAAGCAAAGAAGACCUUAAAGAAAUAAAUACAUUAUGUACAUUUCUAAGCCACAAGGAAGGAACACUUUUCUGUUCUGUUGCUGAUUAUAGUCUGGAGAGCGGAUGAAGAGCCCUCUUCCCCUUUGUUUUAAAGUGCAGUGUUCUUUUUGUCUGGUCUCUCUUUGGUGGACACAACCACAUGGCUGUGUUUGAUCUCCUCCUCUUCAAAGCCCUUCUUCAUAAUCUGUGUCACAUACCGAAACAGGGCCUGGGGAGUUAAAAACACAACAAUGAAAA